UCCUCCCUUGCCGUGCAGCGGACCUGCUUGACGUUGCAGAGCAGCCCUUUCAUUCCAACCCUACGAGAUCUCCAUUUUCUUCAGCCCGAGUCUAGGGAAAAGCGGGGUGAUUAUCUGGGAAAAUGAAUGAAGAAUACGACGUCAUUGUUCUGGGGACCGGCCUGACGGAAUGCAUCCUGUCGGGGAUCAUGUCCGUGAAGGGCAAGAAGGUGCUGCACAUGGACCGCAACUCCUACUACGGCGGAGACAGCGCCUCCAUCACACCACUGGAGGAUCUCUACAAGCGCUUCAGCCUGCCCGGCAGCCCACCCGACUCUAUGGGAAAGGGCCGUGACUGGAAUGUGGAUCUCAUCCCCAAGUUCCUCAUGGCCAACGGCCAGCUGGUGCGUAUGCUGCUGAUCACGCAGGUGACGCGCUACCUGGACUUCAAGGUGAUCGAGGGCAGCUUCGUCUACAAGAAGGGCGCCAUCUACAAGGUGCCCCAGACCGAGACAGAGGCCCUCGCAUCCAGUCUCAUGGGCAUCUUCGAGAAGAGGCGCUUCCGCAAGUUCCUGAUCUUCAUUGCCAACUUUGACGAGAACGACCCCAAGACCAUGGAGGGCCUGGACCCCAAGAAGACCCCCAUGCGCGACGUCUACAAGAAGUUUGACCUCGGACAGGACGUGGUGGACUUCACCGGACACGCCCUGGCCCUCUACCGCACAGACGAGUACCUAGACCAGCCGUGCAUCGACACCAUUAACAGGAUCAAGCUGUACAGUGAAUCCCUGGCCCGCUACGGCAAGAGCCCCUACCUGUACCCCCUCUACGGCCUCGGAGAACUGCCACAGGGAUUCGCCAGACUAAGUGCCAUUUACGGAGGAACCUACAUGUUGAACAAGCCCAUCGAAGAGAUCAUCUUUGAGAACGGAAAGGUUGUCGGAGUGAAGUCAGAAGGAGAGAUUGCGAAGUGCAAGCAGCUGAUCUGCGACCCCAGCUACCUGAUGGACAAGGCCAAGAAGGUGGGCCAGGUGAUCCGGGUCAUCUGCAUCAUGAGCCACCCCAUCAAGAACACCAGCGACAACAACUCCUGCCAGAUCAUCAUCCCCCAGAACCAGGUCAACAGGAAACACGACAUCUACGUGUGUAUGAUCUCGUACGCGCACAACGUGGCGGCGCAGGGCAAGUAUGUGGCCAUCGUCAGCACCACGGUGGAGACCAACGAACCCGAGAAGGAGAUCAAGCCCGCACUCGACCUCCUCGAACCCAUCGAGCAGAAGUUCGUGAGCAUCAGUGACAUGUACGAGCCAACUGACAUGGGAACUGACAGCCAGGCGUUCAUCUCGCGCUCCUACGACGCCACCACCCACUUUGAGACCACCUGCGACGACAUCAAGGACAUCUACCGGCGCAUGACGGGCACCGACUUUGACUUCGCCGAGAUGGAGCGCAAGCAGAACGACAUCUUCGGUGACGCAGCCGACCAGUAGGGGUCAGCAGAGGCCCAGAAAACAGCCCCCAACUCAACUCCAACUCCAGUCCAGUCAAAGGCAGUUAAGGCAGGCGCUAUAAUAAUGAUCAUCUCCAGGCUAACCACGAAAAACAAACACAAGAGUAUAACAGAAAUAUUAAGAUGUAAAACACAAAAAAACGACAACCAACCAAAAACGAAUGGGCUAGCUGAUAAAUCCCUUAUACAUAUUUUUUUUCUUCGUUCUACUUGUUUUUUUGUUUUUGUUUUAUUAAUCUUUUUUUCUCUUUUUUUUCUUUCAGUUCUCUUUCAUUUUACCAUUAUAACGAAGUUUCAGAUUACUCAGUUACAGACCUAGCAUAUUUUUUUGUUGCUUUUUUGGGAUUGGGGGGGGGUAUAGGACACGUCAUCUCCUUUCCAAUCGAGGGGGUUGGGCACUGAUCAGACCUAAUGAGCUGUAGGUGGCGGCCUCUCACUUUUUUUUCUCACUCUCCAUCUUUCUCUCGCUGUUUUUUUCUCCCUCUCUCUCUUGCUUAACGAUGCCAAACAGCCAAUGGUAUUACUAUCGAGUCCUCUGACCCUACUUAACCAGUACUUAUCUUCACACUUUGGCAAGAGUUAGAGGGAGGGAUAACGAGAGAGAGGUACUGGGGAGAGAUCUAGAGAUGGGGGGUGUUGGCCAUGGAAUUGUAAAGGAGAGAGGAGAUACUUUAUGCAGAAAAAAACCUGAAGAGGCCCCCCCUUGCCACCUAUGGAAGUUAGUGGUGUAGAUGUGUAUGCGUGUGUAUGUACGUGCGAGUGUGUGUUUGUAUGCGUGUACGCAGGCGUGGGUGUUUGUAAUGGUAAUAGUGCUGUGCUUUCUCUUCUCGCUUCAGGAUGUCGUAAAAAUAUGUUUCCAAUGUUUCCCUCUCGAAGAAAAAAAAAAAAAAGAAUAAAUCACCGAAUUCAGACUCUG